AUGGGCUCCUGUGCUAACAGUCCCACCGGCUACGACUAUAGUCGAGAGGCGGACGCGUGGUUGAACCUCCACACCAAGCCUACCUCCUUUUCAAACGCAAAGAUUCGUUGCCAGCAAGAAGGGGGAGUCCUAGCAUCUCCCACGACCAAUGCAGUGGCCCAGGUGAUGUUGACCACGCUGGCCGAGCGCCAGCUUAUGGGCACCCUGUUUACUGGAAUAAAAUCCCUCAAUUCUGGAGAAAACGUACAGGGAGUGCCGGUCACCUCUGUCCCGCUAUGCUGGGUUGCUGACAUCGCCGAUGAUGAUAAUGAUGGCGAGGAUUGCUGGGCGCUGGCUGGAGCGGGCUCUCUGGUAGACGUGAACUGUGCAAGAGAACUCCCAUACUACUGUCGACAGGACAACGCUAGCAUUACGAGAAACUUGUGCGGCGAUGUUGAUGGUAAGGGUUUUGCUAUCAAAGGGUCUGACAUGUGUGCCGCUGACCCGCUAUGCUGGGCUGAAGACGGCACCAUUGAUGCCGAGGAUUGCUGGGCCCUGGCAGGAGCAGCGCUCUGGUAG